CACCAAGAAAAUCAAUCAGCUAAGCAACACAAGGAAAGAAGAAGAAAUAGCUCAAAGCUAGAGAGCACCUACUGCUGCUGCUGCUGCCGCUACGACCUAGUAAUAUAAUUCAGAAAUUCAGAGGCAAGAACACUUGUCAUCUCUGAUCAAAGAAGGGAGAUAAACUUGUUCAGAUACUAGUUGUUGCAAGCAUGGAGGAGGAGAUGGUGGCGGUGGUGAUGAGCUGCGAGUGCUGCGGGCUGGAGGAGGAGUGCACGGGGGAGUACGUGGGCGGCGUGAGGGCGUACUUCGGGGGGAGGUGGCUGUGCGGGCUGUGCUCGGAGGCGGUGAAGUACGAGGCCGGGAAGAGCUCGCCGCGGGCGCCCGUCGACGUGGAGGAGGCCGUGCGCGCGCACAUGGCCUUCUGCCGCAUGCUCAAGCGCGGCGGCCCCGCCGAGCGCGUCGCCGAGGGCAUGUGCCAGAUGCUGCGCACCGCCUCCUGGAAGCAGCGGCGGCGCGCCUCCGGAUCCUCCUCGUCGUCGUCGUCGCCGUCGCCGCGAGCCGCGCCCGAGCGCCACCACCACCACCGCGCGCCGUCGACGCUCUCGGUCCAGCUCAUCUGAUCGGGCGAUCGAUCAUCGCCAUACAUGUACAGCGAGCGCGCGCGCGCGCGGUGGCGUGGCGUGGCGUGCGGUUCUUGUGACGAGGUGCACGCAGCGCACGACGCAUGCAAUCUCCAUCGUCUUCUUCUUCCUCUCGCAUCUAGUAGAGAGACUAGCAGUAGUAAUAUACAUAAGGUUUCUAUGUGAAUUUUGAAUUUUGAUCAGGUGGUGUUAACCACGGUGAAAGAGGGUGCACAUAUGUGUAAUCAAGUUCAAUAUUUUUCACAUUCUUUUCAAGUAAUAUUUCACAUGAUCUUGUACUAUACUCUCGUGCCUUUAGCUAGCUUCGCUUCUAGGAGUAUAGCUCUAGCUAUCCUUCGAUCAUGAUCAUCGAAUGCUAUAUAUGGACCAAAUGAUCCUCUCCGAUA